CAGAAAACCAGCACCUCGAUUGUUCGUGCAUGGCGAAGAAGACUGGUCUCGAUUAUGCUGCUCUUUCAAGUCUCGAUCCAAAGGACCGCGCCUUGUUUGCAACAUCAGCUCGUCUACUCUCAUGCCUUGUUACAGAGUCCAUGGUCGAUGCAUUCUUCUACUCCCAUCCGACAGGUCCUGCAGCUGGCUUUGCGACCAUCCAAUUGACGGGAGAUUCAGCCGAUAUAUCGAAUAUCUUGGCCGUCUUUCCUCUCCACCAUGAACCAGUUUUGGCCCCAGGAAAGGUGGAUCGUUACGGUGCUCGCAGAAUAUCAUUGCUUGAUCCUCUCGACAUGCUUCCAUCCAUCCUGACUGUGCAGACUUCCGCAGUACCAGACCGCGCUGAGGUGUCACCACCGACUCCGGUUUUACGCGGCCUACCAAAGAAGAACUUCUUCCUUGCUCAUGACCUCGACCCCAUUCGUCUUUGGCACAGAUUCGCUCUCAGCGUCAACCUGGAUAAAUCUCUCGUAGAAGACAUUGAAUUGGAAUUCAGAAGUUCUGUGACAUGGCAGGAACAUGCUUUCAAUUACCCGCCACCCUCGCCAUCGUUCGAUGCCCCUAGCGUGGCUUGGGAACAGUCCAUCGUACAGGGCCACCCCACACAUCCUAUGCACAAAACGAGGAGAUUCCUACCACCCAUUCCCUCCUUCCAGCCCGGACAAUGCGAUCUUCUCCAUCCUAUUCUGAGAUUCAUCUCUGUUCCAAGGGAAAACCUCAAGAUCACCUACAAUUUCGAGGAACUCAUCGCUCCACUCGUCAAGGUAGCCGAGAAGAAAGCCAGUAAACCUAUCAUCUCACCUAAAGAUCACGUUAUAAUUCCUGUUCACGAACUGCAAGUAUAUCACAUUCGUGAUAAGUUCCCCGAGGCUCGCAUCUAUCCGCCGGAAUACUCGUUGCCACUCGAGGCCCAGCAGAGCUUACGGUCAGUCGUCGUACCAAAUGGCUAUCGCAACCUCCAUUUGAAGCUGGCUGUGGGAAUGAAGCUGACGUCUGCUGUGCGGACAAUAUCCCCAGAGUCAGCUUACCUGGGCCCAAGGUUCUCUGCCCAAGUGGUUCCGGUGAUACGGAUGGACCGAAAUAUCGUCACCGUCGCGAAAGAACUAGCAAGUGUCGUUCAUACUCAUCCCGAUGGUGACAUCGCAAAGCAUUGUGCUGCGUUGGUUCGGGAAUACCACGAGGGUCUCUGCGAAGACCGCCAAGAGCGCAUGAUCGUAUGCACCUCUCUGGUUGAAUAUGGCCAUGGUUCCCGGGAUGGGAAUAUCCCUCCUGUCAUCCGACUAUUUGGACUGGACACAGAAGAGAAACGCAUUGAAUGGCUUUCAAAAUUCUUGGAUAUAUUCUUCCGAGCUUUCUUGCCUUCAGUACUCCACAACGGAGUGGCGUUCGAAUGUCAUCCGCAAAACUGUGUCGCGCGGUUUGACGCUCGAACCAAGGAAUUGAAGGGAUUUAUCAUUCGUGAUUUUGGCGGCAUCAGAGUCCAUCCUCCUACUCUAAAGGCGACAACUGGUGUCGACAUUGACUUUGUCGAAGGGCACUCCAUCAUUGCACCCGACUUGGACGACGUCUACACCCGAAUGUACCACACUGUGUUCCAUAACCACCUGCAGCAACUGAUUCGAGUCCUCGACCUUCACUACAACGGCAGAGGCUGGGAACUGGUGCGGACGCACCUCAAAGCCAAUAUCCCCGCCGACCAUCCUCUGUAUACCGCAUGGCUCUCUCCUGAAAGAGUGACAUUACCCGGAAAGUGCUUCAUGAGAAUGCGUUUGUCCGGAAUGUAUCGACAUCAUCUCCACGGCCCAUUCCCGAAUCUAAUUCACUAUCGAGGCGCCACUCCAGCACAGAACACUCGGCAAGUCACUGCAAGGCUUUGA